AGCACAAUGGGAAGACCUCGACCCAAUGACACCGAGCCUGUCGGCCAGGAUUCCGGCCAUGACAUGCAAUCCGAUAGUCCGCCGGAGGUCGGCUCGCCGGCGUCCUACCCUCCUCCUGCUGUGCCUUAUCCUCCACCGGAAUACCCACCACCUGAGCCAAAGGCGCCAUCGCCAGAGUAUCCCGGGACUUCUCCGGUCCAACCAAAUGGCCAGAACAUCGGCCGUCCAUGGACGACAACACUAUUUGAUUGUGGAAUGAAUGAAACAAAUACUACGAUGACGGCCUUUUUCCCAUGCAUAACCUUCGGGCAGAUUGCAGAGAUGUUAGAUGAAGGGCAAACCAGUUGCCCACUGGACAGCUUCAUGUUCAUCCUGAUGGCACCAGCUCUCUGCACCUGUUGGAUUUUAGGUUCCAACUACAGGCUUAAGCUGAGAAACAAAUAUAACUUGGUCCAGGCUCCAGCUGAGGAUUGGAUUGUCCAUCUAUUCUGCCCCUUCUGCGCUCUUUGCCAGGAGUUCAGAGAGCUCCAAAACAGAGGAAUUGACCCUUCUCUAGGCUGGAUGGGUUAUCUUGCAAAACAACAAGAAACAAGGACUGUUCCUCCCCAGAGCCAAUUCAUGAAAGCAUGAAAUUCUAUGGUCUUUUCAGCAGGCUGGGCGAGUCAUCUUAUUCACAUUUAUUUUAGAUUUGCAUAAUAUAGACUUUCAUUAUUCUGUUUCUGAGCUUGAGCUUGAAGAAUCAGACAGUUCAUCUUGUUUACAGUUCAUGUAUUAUUUGGAUUGCGCUUGAAGAGUCAUCUUAUUCACAUUUAUUUUAGAUUUGUGUAACAUAGACUUUCAUUACUCUGUUCUGAGUUUGAGCUUGAAGAAUCAGACAGUUCAUCUUGCUUACAGUUCAUGUAUUUUUUGGAUCGCGC